CUAGUUGAUGUAUUACUUUAUUCAGUGAUAAUAUGAAAAUUGCUAUCUUCACUGAAGGAUCUACUGAAUAAUCAUUUUAACUCAACUAUAUUGCAUUCUUGAAAGCAAUCCUUUCAAUUGAUCUACUGACUUCACAAUGUCUGAAAUCAGAUUCACCAGUCUCACUUGGGAUCAAGUUAUAACACUCGAUCAAGUGUUAGAUGAAGUAAUUCCAAUUCAUGGAAAGGGGAAUUUCCCCACAAUGGAGGUAAAACCAAAAGACAUCAUUCAUGUUGUGAAAGAUCAACUCAUAGGGCAAGGAAUUAUUAUUAAAGAUGCCAGAUUGAAUGGUUCCAUAGCAAGUUACAUACUUGCAAGCCGUAAUGGAAUCAGCUAUAAGGAUCUGGACGUUAUUUUUGGUGUUGAGCUUCCAAGUAACGAAGAAUUUCAGGUUGUUAAGGAUGCAGUUCUAGGCUGUCUACUUGACUUUUUACCAAAAGGUGUAAAGAAGGAAAAGAUCUCCCCAGAUAUCAUGAAAGAGGCUUACGUACAGAAAUUCGUCAAGGUUUGCAAUGAGCAUGAUUGUUGGAGUCUUAUCUCCCUUUCAAAUAACACUGGGAAGAAUUUAGAACUAAAAUUUGUGAGUUCGCUCAGACGGCAGUUUGAAUUUAGUGUAGAUUCCUUUCAAAUUGUUUUGGAUCCCAUGUUAGACUUCUACAGUGACAAAAAUGCCAAGCUAACCAAAGAAUCCUAUCCUGUUGUGGUAGCUGAAAGCAUGUAUGGAGACUUCCAGGAAGCAAUGACACAUUUGCAACACAAGCUCAUAUCUACCAGGAAACCUGAAGAGAUUAGAGGUGGUGGCCUUCUGAAGUACUGCAACUUGCUGGUUCAUGGCUUCAAGCCAGCCUGUAUGUCAGAAAUCAAAAACCUAGAACGUUAUAUGUGCUCUAGAUUCUUUAUUGAUUUUCCUUAUAUAGAAGAACAGCAAAAGAAAAUUGAAUCAUACCUCCACAACCAUUUCAUAGGUGAAGGAAUGACCAAAUAUGACUACCUUAUGACCUUGCAUGGAGUUGUGAAUGAAAGCACCGUUUGCCUCAUGAAUUAUGAAAGAAGACAGAUUCUCCACCUGAUCACCAUGAUGGCUUUGAAAGUACUUGGAGAACUAAAUAUUCUACCCAAUGCAGAAAAGGUAACUUGCUUUUAUCAGCCUGCUCCGUACUUUGCAGCUGAGGCAGGGUACCCUAUUUAUGUAAUAUCUGAGCCAUCCCCCAUUAUCUUCCAGCCAUACUACCCACUGCAGUUUCGUGGGUCAAAUGGUAUUGGUUAAAAAAUACACAUGCAACCAUGAAAACUUUGAUUUAAUUAAACAGCACUUAAAAGCAAGUUUCCAAAUGUAAAACUCAAGAUCUGUUUUUAUUUUUGUACAGUUACCAAUUUUUUUCAAUUACAGUUGAUGGAAUAGUAGUUACCAACUAUUUUUGAUCAAUUAAGCCAUCACAGUAAAUACAAUAUCUAUAAACCAACCACUUUAAAUGUUUUUCAGAUGUUAUUGACUAGCUAUAAUAACUUUCAAAUGUUGUGUUCCUCUUGAUAUGAUUUUCAAAUCUUUUGACUACUUGUGACUUUCAAAUUUACCGUGACAAAUAUAUUAGAGAUGCCUGCAUCUUGGACUAAAACAUAAAAGGACAGAUUCAUGUUUUAAAAUUAAGAUGUACAGUGAAGUAUCACAUUUUUUAUAUUCAGUCAGUUCCUUUAUUACAUUUAGUUCUUUUUUUCUAUUGAAUAAUACCAUCAAUAAUUUUUCAGUACUUGACAGAAAUGCCUAAUUUCAAAAGCAACAGAUUCAGAAGACAUUAAAACCCUGGACUUUUCAAGCUUUUUUUUUUUGACAAUUAAAUUGGGUUGGAUACAAAAAUCCUACUGUAGUUUAAAGGAAUACUGGAAAAAAAUGGUUCUGGAAAGCGCUGGACAUUAGUAAUCUGUCAUCUAUAUAAUAAAACAUUUAGUUAAUUUGUGGAUUUGAAUAACAAUACCAUACAGUUGUGCAACUACUACUGAGAUCAGACACAGGGUUUUUUUCCCCUCAAAAUAAGUUAAAACGAAUGAAAAUGACCAACUCUGAAUGUGAAAGCUUUCUAUCAUCAUCUACAAAGAGACUCUAAAUGGCAAACAGGAAAAAACAGGCAGAGGUUUAUAGCCAUAGCAUUUACCAUUUUAUGGCCUAUUUGAAAAACAUCUUUAUGUUGAGAAACAUUCCAUUUCAGUAAGUUAAAAUAUUUUCAUUGUAACUAAAUGAAGCAGGUUUUUCAUUUUGCCUUUACCAAAGAUCUUUUUUUUUUUUUUUGAGACGGAGUCUGGCUCUGUCGCCCAGGCUGGAGUGCAGUGGCACAAUCUCGGCUCACUGCAAGCUCUGCCUCCCGGGUUCACGCCAUUCUCCUGCCUCAGCCUCCCGAGUAGCUGGGACUACUGGCGCCCGCCACCACGCCUGGCUAAUUUUUUUGUAUUUUUUUUAGUAGAGACGGGGUUUCACUGUGGUCUCGAUCUCCUGACCUUGUUAUCUGCCCGCCUCGGCCUGCGAAAGUGCUGGGAUUGCAAGCGUGAGCCACCGUGCCCGGCCCCAAAGAUCAUUUUCUAACAUGCCACUCAAGUGCCUCUUCGUGUGAAUUUUUGCAUAACACUAUAAUUUAUUCAACAACUGUGUACAUUUACAAUAUAUCUAAAUAUAUACUUACUACAUCGAGUAUACUGCUAGAAAAAUCUACCAGUGGGAUUAAAAAUGUAUUUUCUUCCCAUAAUGAAAAUAAUUCAUGACCAAUAUUACCUGAAGUGUCAGACGGGGAGCUGUCUUAAAUGAAUAUGGAUCAGGCCAUUGGAAAACUUCAAUAUUUCCAUUUGGUUAUGAUUUUUUGUGAGUUUCCAUUUCAGUUUUUAUUGACCAUCACAUUUUCUAUCACAACAUGACCGGACAGUUGUAUCCUGAUAAUUUGCCAGUUAUAGACUGUGCUUAACUUAUAUUCACUGUAUUACAAUAUUGGACAGAAGUACACCAAAUAUGGCAUUUUCAAAUAACCAAUAUUUCUGAGAUGUUUUAUACCACAGCACAAGUGGCCAUCAGUAUAUUUUUAAAGAAUUAUAUAUCACAGAACCCUGAG